AUGAGGAACCUGCGGUUCUUUUGCUGCAGCCAGGUGGUGCAUGGCUUCGGCUGCGGCUCCAAGCAGCUGGGCAUCCCCAUAGCCAAUUUUCCUGAACAAGUAGUAGACAGUCUUCCGGCUGAUAUAUCCACUGGCAUUUAUUAUGGUUGGGCCAGUGUCAGGAGUGGAGCCAUCCGUAAAAUGGUGGUGAGCAUAGGAUGGAACCCACACUACAAGGACGCGAAAAACCCCAUGGAAACCCACAUCAUACACACCUUCAAAGAGGACUUCUAUGGCGAAAUUCUCAAUGUGGCCAUUGUUGGCUACCUCAGACCAGAAAAGAACUUUGAUUUUUUAGAGUCACUUAGUUCAGCAAUUCAAGGUGAUAUUGAAGAAGCAAAAAAGCAACUGGAUUUACCAGAACAUUUGAAACUCAAAGAUGAUAGUUUCUUCCAAGUUUCUAAAAGCAAAAUUAUGAAUGGCCACUGA